AUGGCAACAUCAUGGGAGAACGCAAGGCGACAUGCUCGCGCACUGGAACAGGCGCUGGAAACAAAGCUAUCGUCCUAUUCCAAAAUCGCCGCGGGGAUAUCGCGGGGCGGUGCGUCCGGGGCCGCCGCAGGGAGCAGUCGUGGCGAGAUCAACGUCGAGGAGGAGGGCGAGGAGGGGUACAGACUGCUCGAACAAGCGAUAGACGACAUGACGACCCUGAUCAACUCCCCAUCUCAGCCGCCCUCGUCUAGCAUGCAGCAUGCAGCUCAGCGGCAUCGGGACAAUCUGGAUGACUACAAGCGGGACUUCUUCCGGACUAGAGCAAACGUCGAGCAGGCGCUUCAGCGGCGGAAUCUGCUUGGGUCGGUUCGAAAGGAUAUCAGUGACUACAAGACUGCCCAGUCCAGUCAGACUGACGCGCUGCUCGCCGACCGAGGAAGGAUAGACUCGAGUCACCGGAUGAUGGAUGAUACUCUAAAUCAAGCAUACGCUACGCGAGAAGACUUUAGCCAACAACGGAGCAUGCUCUCGAGCAUAGAUCAGAGGAUGGGCGGUGUCCUGAGCCAAAUGCCGGGUAUCAAUACGCUCAUCACCAUGAUCCACUCCCGGCGGCGGCGGGAUUCCAUUAUCAUGGGCGUGGUGGUUGGGGCCUGUGUGCUGCUCAUAUUAGGCUACAUGUUUGGGUUCUAG